GCUGCAGUUCAUUGCCGGUGUCCACACGGGACUCCAAAGAGAGCAAGCUCCAAGGCCUGUUUUUAUUGCUGGUGCAGCAUGUUCUGGAUCUCUCACAGCUGGGUAUUGCACAAGCUGAUCAGCAUAGCCAGCAAUCUUUCCAGUUGGUUAUGAAGGGGGCUUCAUCGGCAUCCGCUGCAUACAUUUCUGCGGCCACUUCGAGCCUUCGAAGGUGGAUCAAGUUUGCUACUGAGCGGAAGUUGUCCGUGAUCGCUCCCGCUCCUGCGGAGAUGGCGGCUUUCCUCCGGGAAGUUGCCCUGGGAGGUCCCACAGCAGCCGCAUCCGUGUACCAAAGCAUGUCGUGGCUAGAUAAGCGGUUUGGUGUUGGAUGGCCGCUUCUGCACUUUUUGGUUUGCCCAUAUAAGCUAGUGAGCUGCGAACAUGCCGCUAAACAGGCUAAGGAACUCGAACCUUGGGAGUUUCUUAACUUGCUCAUGCUUGCUGAGGAGCUGACAGGGCCCUGUCGUAUUCUGGUUUCCUUUGUACUGCAGAGUGCUGUGUCCUGCAUUAGAUUCGCACAUGUGCAGCGCUCCAAGCUUAUCGCGGCUCACUCAGGCUGGCUUGAAUAUGAAUGCAGUAUGGGCAAGUCGCGACGGGGUGGGUGUCGCCCUCCCUAUCGAUGGGCAUGCCCAGAAGUUUCUCGCGGAUCUUUCAGCCUGCUGGAGACUCUGCAGCAGUUCCAUGAGGAGGUAGCACACCCUAAGGCAUCGUUUCUUUGGCCUGCCAUCCAGCUUUCUUCCGAGCACUUGUGGCAGAUCAUGGAGGAUACCCCGUUCCUGACUCACCGGCAGAUGUCGCGCUCUAGAUUCAUGGAGUGUUUCAGAGGGCUGCUUACCCGUGCAGGGCUCCACCCGAGCAAGGCUCACACUGCUCAUUACAAUCGUUUGCGCAGAUUUAUGCCUACGGCGGCCAUGGUGUUCAAGUGUGCAGAGGCUGAUGCUCAGGCUGUUGGUUCUUGGACAGAGAAUGUCCAGGGAUCCAAAGCUUCAACAAACCGAGUCCCCAUGGCAGUGCACUAUGCCGGUGAGCGGGCUAGUGAUUAUUCAAGCCAUGGCAUGCUCCUCAAGCCCGAUUCCUGGACUUGGGAGGCUGUCAACCAGACUAAGGUAGGUGUCAUCGACUGCGCUGACUUGGAGUGGUUCCAGCAGCGUGAUAAGGUGCAUCUGACAAAAGAGCGCGACUUGGAACAGCGCAGCGUGCCGUGGUGCCGGGAGCAACCGUUCCACCAGGACCCGUCACAGCGAGGGGCCAUCAAGGAGAUGGCAUCCUAA